AUGAACGGCUACCACAAGUCCGAGCACGGAAAAAGCCGUGCAGAUCCAGGCAGCACACGCUGGGUUUACAACAAGUUCCUGCGAACUCAGACCAAGCUGCGCUGGGUCUGUGGGCUGUGCAACGUUUGGUGCAAGGACGAGAAUGGCUACAAAUGCCACCUGGAGCACGAGAACCACAUCCGCAAGUCGGAGAUCUCACGCAAGGCUAAGGCCCGUCAGUUCAACAUGUCGCCGCGGGAUGAGGCUUUCGCGACAAGCUUCGUGCAGUUCCUCGCGCUGAACUACAUGAACCAGAAAGUACUGCUCCAUGAGGUUUACCGGGAGAUGUAUCCCCACGAUCGCAACCAGCGGUUGAUGCACGACACCUGCUGGGGCAGCCUCGGUACCUUCAUCAAUGCCCUUAGCAAGAACGGAGAAUGCGAAGCCGUGAAGGGUCCCAAGGGCUGGGUGGUGCGCAUCGACCAAGACAUGGUGGUGGCUGCUGAGGCCGAGAAAGACCUCAAGAUCUCGUCCUUCAUGUUGGCCCAGGACGACGUCGAGCAGCCGCCGGUUCCCGAGUCGCGAGGCGAGCGGAUGGCGGCCUCAUGGGACAGGAACCUCAAAAUUGCGGCCGCCGCUUCUACCAAGCGGCCCUUCGAGAACGACGGCGGUGCCAAGCGCGCGGCCGCAGCGGCGCGCGAGGCCAAACGGUUGGCGACGUCCUCCGGGGCACAGGAUCCGCCAGACAAGGAGGAGGAGAUGGAGACGUUAAGCGCCAACCGUGGCAAGGUGACCUUCCAGUUCGGUGGCAAAAAGGCCGGUCAGGCCACGGCACCUCAGAAAGGCAAGGAAGCCGACGCUGUCAGCCUGGCAUCGGCAUCGACGGCACCGACAGCACCGGCGCCGGCGUCACCGGGAGCACCAGAACCGGAAGCCAAAGAAGCCGAUGUUGUCAUUGUGUCGGGAGAUCUGGUGUGGCCCCCUGGCCUAGUGGUGAAGAUCCAGUGCCCGGAUACCCCCCUGCACGGUCUCAAGGCCGUGACCCAGGAGGGUGAUCAGUCCAGGGGCUUGGUGCCUGUGAAGCUGCUGAAGCCUCCCGAGGGGGUACGGCCGGUGACGAAGAUGAGGCCUUCACUGCUCGAAACCGUCCUCCCAAAGUUCGGCAACAAAGUUCUCGUCCUCCGGCCUGGCGACCCGGACCCUCCGGAGGGCACGCUGCAAUCCGUGGAGACCGAGACCUUCACCUGUACGGUUCUCUUAGAUGACGGUGAGUCCUUAAAGGGACUGCCCUACGAUCAAGUCUGCAAGAUCUGGGCAGGAUAG